GUGACGUCAUAUACAUGCGACACUAACGUUCCACUCACAUUUAGUUCCUGCCUUGGCUGUCUUUCCCCCUAAGGAUUACACUGGACUUUAUAUACAUGUAAUAUAUACUGUAAUUUAUCACAUUUUGUCAAAUGUCAUACUAGACAUACAGACAUCGUCUUAGGACAUUAUAUUGUCCACAUUGUUUAUGACUAAAAAUGGCUGAGGGUUCGUCAGACUGGAGUGAAAAGCAAGCAGAUGAAGCUUCAGAACUGAUGGAGCUGCUGUGCCUCGACAUGCAGGAGAAGGAAGGGGAUCUCCAGGACACACCUGAGAGAAACCAAGCCAACUGUUCAAAGAAUGUGAUGAGGAAGCAGCGACACUGGCAGAGGCAGCUGGCGGCUAAAAAGAGCAAAAGGAAAGAGGAGAAACGAAGGAAAAAGUUCAACCGAGAGUCUACGUCCCCUCAGCUUAGCAAGCGGGUCAUGAAGGCCAUCAGCAGAGAGCGAUUAGCUGAGGCUCGUUGCAGCGGCCUCAAAGUGUGUGUCGACCUCUCCAUGACACACUCCAUGUCUGACAAGGAGGUCAGCAGACUCGCGGCGCAGUUACGCAGACUUUACGGAUCCAACAAGCAGGCACUGCGACCCUUCCACCUGUUCCUGACAGACUUGAAAGAGGACAGUCGCCUCUUCAGCGAGUGUGUUCGCAUGAAUGCCGGCUUCCUGCAUUACGCUAUGGAAAUCACACAGCAGAGCUGUCUGGACAUUUUCCCUGCACAAAGUCUUGUGUACCUCUCACCAGACGCUGAACAAGUGUUGGAGCGUGUAGAGCAGGACAAGGUCUACGUUCUUGGAGGGCUUGUGGACGAAAGCAUCCAGAAGACGUUGAGCCUCAGUCGGGCCAAGGAACUUGGCGUCCACGUGGUGAGGCUCCCCAUCGACGAGUACAUGCAGAAGAAGCAAAACGGCAAAAACUUCCACUCUAAGAUUCUGGCCAUCAAUCAAGUGUUUGACAUCAUACUGACGUUGUACGACACGGGCAGUUGGACACACGCUCUGAACAAGUGGUUCCCUCAGGGAAAGGGUUAUGUGGUGGUACCACAUUGUCAGGACUCCAUUUCCCAUGAUCCUCUGCUGCAACAUCAACUUCCGGCUUAAAUUUUUGACAGUUCACAUGGCUACAUUUUGUCUUUUUAAGUACACUUUUAAGGAACUAAACUGUUCACAAAACAGGACAUGAGCACGUGACACAUACUAACAUCGAACAUUUAGUUGAGCGGUUGGCAAACUUUGAUCUAUGGACCACAUUGGGCUUAAAAACUUAUCAACUUUUAGUUUAAAAAAAAGUCUGUUUUUGUAUACGUUUUUUCAGGACUACUUUAAAUGCUGAAUCAGAUUUAACAGAUUUUCUACUGAACAAGUGUACAUGAGUCAAGGAAUUGGGAUUUACAAUAUGAACUAUCAAGUACAAAACAUCCAAGAGUAUGUGACUAUCCACCACAAAACAUAAAAACUACAAAACACUCAAAUGUUUGAUUAAAUACUAGGUUUUUUUUGUAGCUUCUCUUUCCCUUUCCGUCACACACAUUCGCUCUGUUCUGUUAACAAACCCCCUUCUGAGCUUUGUAUCAAAGCGUCGUCCUCCUGCAGCUACUGUCACACAGUCCCAAUGAUUACCGUAAUGACCCGUUAUCGCGUAGUCUACAGCUUCACAAACAAUUUGAAUUAUUUCUAUACUUCAAGACUUACUGGAAUUCAAAAGUAGCAUUGCUAUACAUAUUGCCUUUUGACGUUAAAGGUUCGAAAAUAUGAUUUCGAAAACAUUCCGCAGGCAAGAUUAAAAAGAUUAACCGGCUGUAGUUUGCCCACAUGUAAUUUCGGACAGUGUUUAUUUAAAAAACCAUAAACAUUUUUUAUAAAUCUUUGUAUUCCAAUACAUUUUUGAUGAAGAAUAUUUGUUGUUUGACUUUGUGUGUUGCUUUAGAGAUUCAUAUCAAACUCUGCCAUGAUAGAGAUGUCCACAACACUUGGAACAUAGUAUUACUUAAAUUAAUGAUUCUUCAUUUUUAUGUUUAUGUAAUCAAAUUUGAGUUGCUGUCUUAGCAUUAGUACAUUUUAUGGCAUAAUAAACUGAUUCACCCAUUAAAAGUCAAAUAUGUGACACUGGCCUUCUCUUGAUGAACCAAGUACACAACCAUUUUGUUCAUCAUACUUUUAAUGCAUUUUUAUUUAGCAAUUCACAUUAUUACACACAGACUGUUGAUAUGUUCACUUAUAAGAAAAGAUAGUGUCUUAUUAUUUUGAGACAGGCGCUCGUCUUGUUGUCCCAUCAAACUGGAACCCGGGGGCGUUGCACACCCUCCUUCUGAUUUCUCUGCUUCUCCAGAACAAAGUGGACCAACUUCUUGACCCACAAGGACUGAGGGUCCAGACAGAUCCGCUGGCCAUUCGCCAAGAUGGCUCUGAUCAGAGAGAUUAGACGUUUCAACUCUUGUGUUUCUCAAUAAAGUCUACGACAUAUUUGUCUUGACUGUCCACAAAAAUAAACUGUAAAGUCAAAGUCAAGGAGACCCAGAGUAGAGCCUUGUGGAACUCCUGGUAAAGUUUGAAUUCUUGUUUAGUAAAAACAAACUCUGUAAAGAACAUCCAGCAAGCAUCAGGAAGUACUGAAUUGAGCCAAACGCUUAGGACAUGUCAAAGGUCGAGAAGACUUACAUGACCUCCACGUUGGUGCAGUGUGGCCCUUCAGACAACAGCCUGAUGCUCCGCAGGCUGUCCGGUGGUAUGACCCUGGUCUCGAACUGCAGGCAGUGGCAGUGUGUGUUGAAGUCACGGCUCAGGGGUGGCAUGCCUAAAAUAUCAGGUCACUCAACUCAAAA